AUGUUGUUCACGGAGAUCUCGCAAAACGGUUUGAUUGAUCGGCACGGGCCCGCGACGCUCCUGCACAAGGGAGGUCUCAAGUCAUACCGCUUCCUGGCUGAGCUCUUCGGGUUUAAUCCCGACUGCUACGUCAGCGUGUACGAGCGCGCCCUCGAGAUUUUCUCUACCAUCAAGCCCAAGAUCCACAUCGCCGCGGUCGACUUGUGUAUGCCUAUCGGUAUGGAUGCUUGCAUGACUGCACGUGUACCCUGGGGCAUACUCUGCCCAAACAGCGGGCUCGAGCUGUCAAAGCAUGACCAGCCGAUGCUAAAGGGGUUUUGGAAGUUCCCAGCCCCGUACUCUGGUUUUUCCUACCCCGUCCCGCUACAUCUUGUCCCGUACAACGUCGCGCUCAACAUCGCCUGGCUGCGCACGUUACAGACACACCCACGCAUUCGCACGCUCGAGACGCGGCGCGCCAAGGCGGGCAUCCGGGGGAAGCUCCUCGACAAGCCGCUGCACGCGCUCCCGUUCAUGAUCUGCGCGAGCGUGCGCGAGAUGGAGUACCCGCACGUGCCGGGACACAACGUCGUGUACGCGGGGCCGAUCCUCGCGCCUGCGCCGCCGCUCACGGAGGCGGCGCACCCCGAGCUCGCGCACUUCCUCGCGCGCUGCCGCACGCUCGUCGUAAACAUGGGCUCGAACUUCUGGUACACCGAGGACGACGUGCGCGCGAUCGCGGACGCGGUCGUCCUCGCGCGGCGGCGGUGCGGGGACAAAAGCUUCCAGGUGCUGUGGAAGCUGAACGGGAAGAAAGCGUUCGAGGCGCUCCUCGAGGAGCGCAUCGGGAAAGAGCUUCUCGAGUCGGUGCGCAUGGAGGAGUGGAUCGAGCCGCCCGCGCUGGCGGUGUUGCAGCAUCCCAACGUCGUGGCCCUUGUGAACCAUGGAGGAGCAAAUUCCGUACAUGAAGCCGCAUAUGCCGGCGUCCCCCAGAUAAUCCUGCCUCAGUGGCUGGACCUCUACGACUACGCCGUCCGUGUCGAAUGGUUGGGGCACGGCAUAUACGCCAACAAGGGCCAUGCCGCGAAGAUACACACUCCACAGCUCGCAGACGCUUUCGUGCGCGUUCUCUCGGAUGGCGAGGGCAGAGUUAUGAAGAAUAAAGCACUGGAAGUAGCCGAUGCCUGUCGUCGGGGCGGGGGAGUCGGGAAGGUUGCAGAGACGCUAUUAUCUGCGGCACGCGCGGCGUAA